GUGAGAAGUUGUGUUUGUACGUUCGGUAAACUCAGGUGUUUAUACAUAGGUGUAUACGUUUGAAGCGAAAUCUAAUAACGAUCGACAAUGCGAGCUAUAAUCACAAUAUUGAUAAUUUGCCUAAUAACCGCUACGAGCCACAUCAGUAAUGCGGGAAGAGUCAGCGGUAACAACGGCCACAACGGUUCCAGACGAAAAUCGCCGACGCCAAUUACCGAUAUCGUCAAGGACGCGAGAUCGAGGCUGCCGCACUCGCACGAGGUGUCGAUACGAUUCGCCGGCCGCCACAUCUGCGGGGGUGUCAUAAUCGCUCCGCGCUACGUUCUCAGCGCUGCCCACUGCUUCCAUAAUCGGGUGUCGACGACAUCGUCCUCGUCACCGGGUGGCAGCGGCGGCGACGGCGUCCGACUGCCCGCCCAGGCCUACAAGUACAUGUCCGUGGUGAGCGGCUUCAACGGCGAUCUGUCGUCGUCCGGUAAUCCGCACGGCAUCGGCAACGUCACGACGUACAAGGACGUCAUGUACGAGCUGACGGACGUCUGGAUUAGCGACAUUGCGCUCGUUACCCUCGAGCAGGAAAUAUCGUAUUCCCCGUUGGAGCAGCCGAUCGAGUUGCCGGCCGAGGACGCGCGCGAGCGCGUCAAUCCCGCGGCCCGCGUCAGCGUCUGGUCCUCGCCCGUGGACAGCGAGCGUGGCGUCGAGGUGCUGCUGCUGUCGCGCUCCGACUGCCAGCGCAAGCUGCGCCAAAAGCAACAGCAACACAAACAACAGACCAAGAGGAAGAGACACGGGGCGUACACGGCCGAGAACUACGACAAGAUCUGCGGACACACGCGCUCGGCCCUCGACGACUGCUUGAGAAACGCGGGCAAUCCUCUGGUGCAGAGCAAUCGAUUGAUAGGCAUCGCCACGGGGAGCGACAACUGUCUGAACGGCAAUCUCGACGUGUACGUCAACGUGUACAUGAAUCUUCAGUUCAUCAAAGUCGCCAUGUCAAAAAAUGCCAAUUUUUGAAAGAAUAGAUCGACCGAUUGUAAAAAAUAGUUUUUAAGCCA